AUGGGUAUUCUGAAAAAUCUCGUCAUCGCCACCACAGGCACCCAUGUCUACCCACUCAAGCAAAUUCAAGGCUGGAUCGAGCGCAAUGGCGGCCGUUACUCGCCCACCGUUCACCAGGGCGUCACCCACCUCCUCGCUAGUGAAGAAGCCUAUAAAUCCAAACAACGCACCGAAGCAGUUAGCCAAGCGCUCUCCCUCGGUAUUCACAUUCUCAGCUACGACUGGCUCGACGACUCCCUGAACGCUCGCAAGAAACUCCCCGUCAAGAGUUAUGCGCGGGAGGUUCUGAGCGACAAGCGGCGCGUGGCCAAGAAGCUGAAGAGACUUGGGGCCGAGGCUGAUAGUAAGAAGUUUCGCGAAGGAUGCGAGGAGAUUAGGAAGUUGACGGGUUCAGGUACGUCUGAGACUUCUACUGCUACUAGGUGCAAGUCGAGGAAGAGUAGAAGCUUUUUCUUUUCUUCUUCUUCUUCUUCUUCUUCUUCGACGCCUGCUUCUGCACCCAUACCUCCUACACCUUUUGUAUCCGCAAAAGAGGAUCUCCUACGUAGAAGAGCGGAGAGAGCAACGGCGUUACAAGACGCUGAAGUGAGGGGCCCUUCAAAUCCCCCAACGUUGAGCUCAAACUCCACAUCUGCCACCCUUUCUUCCACACCCGGCGAUUCAAGAACACAAGCUAAGUCCCACUGGAAAGCCGAAUACCACUACUACCAAGACCCCACGGGUUUCGACUACAAAAUCACACUCGCCCAGCACAACGUCUCCAACACGCUCACCGCAAAAUACCACAUCGGACUAUUGGAAAGCCACACAAAGGCGCACACAUACUGGGCUUUAGCACAAUACCAACCCCUCUCCACCAACCCCACCCCACCCCCAAACGACCUGAAGAACCCAGACAUAACCCCCGCCGAAUCCGAAAAAGCCCGCCUCCUCUCCCUCAUCUCUUCCCCCGCUCCCCUUCUCCCCUCCACCCCCCACACCACCCCCCUCUGCCCCCGCAACUCACCCUACGCAAUAGCAUGGCGCUCCUUCCGCCACGCCUUCCACGACCUCUGCCUCAUACCCUGGGAAUCCCGCUUCGACGCCCACACCGCUUUCGUGCAAAAACGCAAAGCAGCACGGCUGGACGUCGAGCCGUAUAGGUAUGUGAGACCGAGGUUGGAGAUGGAUCUCUAA